AUGUUGCAGUUUUCGUGCUCUUUUGCCGUGCACUGUACCAGUGAGUGUCACGUAUCAACUAGAUACCCCGAUCGUACACAGUUUUUUCCUUUGAAUUCUUGCGUCAGUGAUGUAAAGGCGCACUUGAGAGAACUGCAAACAACACAAUCAUGUGUAGCCUCUGAGAGAGAGCUGAUACUUGCUCGUGUCGGUUUGCUUGACGAGGAGGGUAAGGAUAUGGUUAUUUGCCCAAAGCAUCGCGUUUUACUUGGAGUAAAGUAUUGUCCUUCAAGAAAAUGCCAGCAUCCGCUUCAUGGUCGCCGUAAGGGUAAAGUAUCCAGAGGGGUGAACUUGAAAAUGUCGAAAGAGAUAAAGGAAACGUGGGACGUUUUGGUUCCCGUAGGCUCAGGUAAGCGUGAUCACUGAAGGUAAAUACGGUACUUAUACAUGCUUUGGUUUCUCGAUGAUUUAGCUUCAUGUAAGGGAAUGAAGACAGGGUUCCAAUCACUGUAUUCCAGUAUUUGUCAGUGGAACUUGGGUUCUUUUUCAAUCAUUAGUGGGAUUCCGGAUUCCACUAGCAAAAUUUUCUAAGAUUCCGGAAUCCGGAUUCCUUUACAUGGGGCAAAUGAUUGACUAAUACACAAGUUUAGUCAAUUGUUUUAUUAAUAUAUACACAAGUGGGAAAGGAGUUUUUUUUUUCUUUCUUUUUUUUUGGCGGGGGUGGGGGGAAGGAUGGAAGAUCUUGUAAGAAAUUAAUUAUGAGUUAUGGGGUAUAAUAUUUAUUUCGCAAAAGAAUAGCAAACAAACAAACAAAUAAGCGAUUGUGUGGUGAAUUUUGAUCUACAAGAGUUUUAAUCUAUUUUUGAAUUUACCAGGUCAAUUUGCCCUUCCGUUGUUUUCCUUUUUGUAUCUUAGCUAGUUACGUUCUAACGGUAGCCCAUAGUUAUAGGUUCCUGCUUCUAAUCGGUCAUUUUUCCCCAGGAGGGGCGGGGGAUAGGGUAAUUCUCUCAAAAGCUACAGUGAUUAUACAGAUUUUUUUUUGCGAAACCUCAGGGCCAGGCCUUUUAAUAUAGAGCCCGGUGUCAAUUAAGAAUGAGUGUUCUAGAACGGGGCGUGAAAAUAAGCGCCUCACUGAAAACUUAUGAGAUUUUUGUUUAAAAUCCGCACUGGAAUUGCCGCUAAUUAUACAUUUACUGAUGGCCUACGCUGGCCUACCACAUCGCGCGGACUUCUAGUAUUUUCUACAGCACUAAUCACUAAUACUUCCAACAGGGGCCCUCUUUUGACUAGGAAUGGCGGCACAAACCUAUUUAGAAUCUAGCCUGGUAAAAUCCCUCCCUCUAGGAAAUAUUAGAAUGCCUAAAUGGAUGCAGGCAAGCCGUUUAUUGCUUGGGAAAAGUUCCAAACAGUUUGUUCUAUCCAGCCUGUUACCACAAACUAACAAACCAUAAUGCUACCAAAACUCAUUUUAGGUUUAUUCUUGUACGCAGGGGUUUGUAGACAAUGCCGUGGUGACCAUCUAAGAACUGUAGGUUCUACUGACGCGGAUUCCGAAGUACAAGAUCCCGGACUGGCGUCCACAUCUCACCCAGACCCUCAGAUUCACGAGUCCGCAGAGGAAAUAGUAGAGCCACCACAGUUACUACCGCCUGCUACAGAAGAAUGA